CAAGAGUGUAAUAAUUAACAGUUAACAAUCUUCUCAUGUCCAAAGCAUCGGAUGGUAUGGGAAUGUACGUAAGUUUCAGCUUAGAUACCGUGGAGUGGUGAUAAAAAUUUACCUGCUCUGUUGACCAAUGCAACCAAGAACAUAGCAUAAUUGAGGAGUUAACAUAUGUCAACAAGGAGCGGAACUCUUCAAAUAUUCGUGCAUUCUAUCAUCUUGUAAAAUAUGGGGUUCUCUGGGCUGCAAUUUUUCCUGCCGAAGAAAUAUCCUGCCUACUCAAUAAUUCAUCGAUACCCUCAGCGGAUGUAAUGAGCACCUUGCUCACCGCGGACCACGAGCUUCCAGCUGUACGACCAUUUGCUACCAGAGGGCUGGCAACGCUGAUCCCUGAUGCUGCUCAAUGCUGCUGCUCAGUUUUAUUUUCGACUCGUGCCUGCGGUGUGCGCUGCUUGUGCCGCUCCGCGUGGUUUGUCAACUUAACCUCAAACUUCUACUUGAAUUUAGAAAGUGUGAUACGUAAGGUUUUGAUUUUACAAUAUAACUUGAUUUUGUGAAAAAUCUGUAUAAGUAUGGUGCGAAAAAAGAUAGAUAACAGGAUUCGCAUCUUAAUCGAGAAUGGAGUCAAGUUGGGUCACAGAACAAUGUUCGUUGUUGUCGGUGAUAAAGCGCGUGAUCAGGUGGUCAUACUACAUCAUAUGCUGUCAAAGUCGGUGAUCAAAGCACGACCGUCUGUGCUGUGGUGCUAUAAAAAAGAACUGGGUUUCAGCAGCCACCGUAAGAAGCGUAUGAAGUCAUUACAACAAAAGAUAAAAUCUGGGAAGCUGAACGUCAAUGAGGAUGAUCCUUUUGAAUUAUUUGUCGUUUCAACUGACAUCCGCUACUGCUACUAUUCCGAAACACAUAAGAUUUUGGGCAACACAUUUGGCAUGUGUGUUCUCCAGGACUUUGAAGCACUAACUCCAAAUCUGUUGGCUCGUACGAUUGAAACUGUGGAGGGAGGUGGAAUAAUUGUUUUACUCCUACAAUCUCUGAACUCUUUGAAACAGUUAUAUACAAUGACUAUGGAUGUUCAUCAACGUUUUCGCACCGAGGCUCAUCAGGAUGUGGUGUGCAGGUUUAACGAGAGAUUUCUACUUUCUCUUGCAUCUUGCAACCGUUGUCUUGUUGUAGAUGAUCAGCUGAGGGUGCUUCCGAUAUCCUCGCAAAAUUUGAAAAUUGAAACAGUAGAAACCACCAGAGAAUCUGAAGAGCAAAGUGAACUAGACAUAUUGAAAGAUAGCCUUCGUGACACUCAGCCUGUCUCUGCACUUGUUAAUUGCUGUAAGACUGUUGACCAGGCUAAGGCUUUGCUCACAUUUAUUGAAACAAUAUCUGAAAAAACACUUCGAUCUACUGUUUCUCUAACCGCUGCCAGAGGACGUGGAAAAUCCGCAACAAUGGGUCUUGCUGUUGCUGCAGCUGUAGCAUUUGGCUACUCUAACAUAUAUGUUUCUAGUCCGAGCCCAGAGAAUUUGAAUACAUUCUUUGAUUUUGUUUUUAAAGGAUUUGACGCUUUGGCAUAUCAGGAACAUUUAGAUUAUGGACUUGUACAGUCAACUAAUCCAGAAUUCAAUAAAGCAACUGUUCGGGUAAACAUUUUCAGAGACCAUCGGCAAACCAUUCAGUAUAUUUAUCCAACCGAUGUACAGAAACUAAGUCAAGCAGAGUUGCUUGUAAUUGAUGAAGCAGCAGCGAUACCGUUGCCUUAUGUCAAGGCCAUGCUAGGGCCUUACUUGGUAUUUCUUGCUUCCACAAUAAAUGGGUACGAAGGUACUGGACGAUCUUUAUCCUUGAAACUGUUGCAACAAUUGAGAAGCCAAACGUCGGGAUCAAAUAAACAUGACAAGAGUUUCCAGUCUAGUAAAGAUACUCAGACAGUUGGAAGGCAGUUGCAUGAACUUACACUUGAAGAAUCUAUCAGAUACAAGUCUGGUGAUUCUGUUGAGCAGUGGCUCACUGAACUACUUUGUCUUGAUGCAAUGACGCAAGCUCCUAUUCUUUCUGGCUGUCCACCUCCUGAUACUUGUCAAUUGUAUUACAUCAACAGGGACACUUUAUUCUGCUACCACAAAGCUUCGGAAAUGUUUUUGCAAAGGUUGGUUGCAUUGUACGUCGCUUCACAUUAUAAAAAUAGCCCAAAUGACCUGCAAAUGAUGUCGGAUGCUCCAGCACACCAUUUGUUCUGCUUGUUGGGACCUGUUGACCCAAAUAAAAAAGCAUUGCCUGAAAUAUUAGUAGUAAUUCAGUUAUGCUUAGAAGGUCAAGUCAGCAAAUCUACGGUUGCAGAUGGUCUUGGAAGAGGACGGAGAGCUGCUGGUGAUCUUAUUCCGUGGACUAUUGCUCAGCAGUAUCAAGAUCAGGACUUUCCUACACUUGCAGGAGCGCGAAUUGUCAGAAUUGCAACACACCCUGAUUAUCAAGCGAUGGGAUAUGGCACCCGAGCAUUGCAACUUUUGAAACAAUAUUAUGAAAUGAAAAUACCGAACAUUGAUGAAAAGGUCGAAGAACCAAUUACAGAAAUCUCACACGUCCAGGAUGAUGAAGUAUCUUUACUCAAAGAAACUGUUGAACCUCGCAACUCGUUACCACCUUUGCUGCUGAAAUUGAGCGAGAGACGCCCUGAGCCUCUGGAUUACAUCGGUGUAUCAUUUGGCCUCACUGAACCACUUCUCAAAUUCUGGAAGAGAGCCAAUUUUGUUCCCGUUUACUUACGGCAAACAACAAACGACUUGACUGGAGAGCAUUCUUGUAUUUUGUUGUGCAAACUGGGAAGUGAUCAGGAAGAAACCAGUAAUUGGAUAGAGGCAUAUUCUAAGGAUUUCCGUCGUCGAUUUAUAACACUUCUCUCAUUCUCGUUCAGCUCAUUCUCCCCAUCUCUUGCACUUAGUGUUCUCAUAAAUAAGGCUAUUCCAGUUUCUCAAAUUACCCUAGAAAAAGAUACAUUGGACAUGUAUUUCACAACAUACGACGUGAAGCGCCUAGAAAUGUACAGUAAUAAUAUGGCUGAUUAUCAUCUAGUCAUGGAUUUGUUACCAUCUCUAGCCAGACUCUAUUUUCUCCACUUGAUGGGUGACGUUCAUUUCUCACCAGUUCAGUCUGCAAUUCUACUUGGAUUAGGCUUGCAGCAUAAAACCGUUGACAAAUUGGUAGAAGAGCUGGGCCUUCCUUCGUCUCAGCUAUUGGGUUUGUUCAAUCGUGUCAUUCGGAGAUCGGUACAGUACUUGAACAGUGUGGUGGAAAACUUUAUUGAAAAUAAAAUGAUGAAUAAAAUAACAACUAAUACUGGAGUAAAUAUGAACCCAAUGGGUGGAAAAAGUAUGCACGAUGAACUGGAGGAUGCAGCUAAGGAACUGAAAGUUAAACAAAAAGCUGAACUAGACAGGUUGAAAAGAGAGAAUCUAAGUCAGUAUGCUAUAAAAGGUUCAGAAACGGAUUGGGAAAGUGCUCUUUCUGGGAAAAGUAGUCGUGCAAGUCUCAUUUCUGUUAAAACUGCAGACAAAAGAAUAGUUGACGAUGAUUCCAAGGAUUUUGCAAAAAGCGGGCAGAAGAAAAAGAAGAAACGCUUCUCUAAGUAAUACUUCGCGAAUUAUAAGAAAUUACAGAUGUGCAGUGCAUGUAUAUUGAUGAACAUAAAGACACUCCCUCAACCUUU